CUAAAUCUUGCUGAGCGUAUCUUCAUUUUUCUUCUGGAGGGACUCAUUAUAUCUGGCGAAGUGAUGGGAAUUCUUAUGGCUAGUGAAGGUCUCUUUGUGCCCUCUUGCUUUGUACACGCUCAGGAUACAUGUAUUACAACAUUUUUCGAGCAAAAUGGCUACGUUGAAUGGGGUUUUAUUAAGCGACUCGGUAUAAGUGAUCCCGGAUUAUAUCUGCGAUCCAAAUUUAAGGAGGCUUCACACUCUGGAGGUAUUAGCAUCAGUGAAUCUUUAUUUCUUCAAAUAAAGGCUGCUAUUGAUGAGGCUAUAUCUGAUUCCUCUUGGGUUGAUCUGAACUUUUACCUACCAGUCAGUGUUAAUCAGAAAGAAAUCGAAGCUAUGAUGGCACCAUUUAUCAAGGGAAAGCCUGCAUGCUUUCUGCAGAAUGCAAUGUAUGUCGUUAGUAAUGACUUUAGAAAAAACUGCUUCUCCAAACUUGAACUAAUCAUUAUGAACAAAGCAGAAGAGGAGGCUCUCCGCAUAGAGUCUCCCCAGUCAGUCGUCGCUUCUGAAACGCCGGUCGUCAGCGAGCAGGAUGAACAAUGCAACUCUCUAACUAAGGUAUCCAAAGCUGCAUGCGGGUUCGAGGUGGGUGCCAGCGAAGUCAAAACUGAAAAUACAAAAAGGAAGUAUGUUGUAAACCAAAAAGAAAAUAUAGGUGAAAAAAGAGAAGAAGGAUUAAUCGAAAGAUUUACGGACCAGGAUUCUAUAAUGUCCGUGCCCCUCACCACGGAUCCCGUAUCAGCUUUUUCAGAUGAUUUCCAUUUCGUCCUCUCAGAUAACCCUGUUUCCGAGCUACCCUCAGAACUUAUCGAUGGGAUAUUGCUAUUGCUCUCUGAGGAUAUUAAUAAGCUUUACUCUGAUUACAUCAUCGCAGCCUUGGCUCGUAUGGCAAAUGUUGCCAUCAAGAAGACAGAUUAUACUCUAGUUAAAACUCUCCUCAAAAACACUAUAAUGGACAUCCAGCUAUUUGAACGUGGAAUAUUAGCCAUUGACUCAGAUUCAUUGCGACCAAAACUACUCAAACAUCUGAUGCAUGAAUACGCCUCCCUAUUUAUCAACUGUAUUUGUCAUCUUAUAGCUAUAAAUGAGGAUCUUCAGUGGCCAAAUGCUAGCAGCUCAGACAUUUUUGGCUACAAUCUUUCUGAGAGACGAUUAUGUCCUUGGAAGAAUAAAGAAUAUGAAACUUUAGAUAAAGAUCAAAUCACUUGUCCAUCAUUUUUUAUUAAUCCGGUAUGUUACGCUUAA